AUGGCUCAAGCAAGGGUGUUAGCACCGCUGGUCCUCGCACUACUGGGCUGCGCGUUGGCCGUCACCGCCGACGACGUCGACGCACCUGCAUCUGGUGGAGGAUUACUGAAGGCGCAUGCGACAUUUUACGGGGGCGCGGACGGUGCCGGCACCAUGGGUGGUGCAUGCGGGUAUGGCAACCUGUACUCGACGGGGUACGGCACAAACACGGCAGCGCUGAGCACGGCGCUCUUCAAUGACGGGGCAUCUUGCGGGCAGUGUUACAAGAUUGCGUGUGACAGCAAGCUGGUGGACCCAGGGUGGUGUAAAGUCGGUGAGACGGUGACCAUCACGGCCACAAAUUUCUGCCCGCCCAACUACGAUUUGCCGAGCGACAAUGGUGGCUGGUGCAACCCACCACGACCACACUUUGACAUGGCGCAGCCGGCCUGGGAGAAGAUCGGUGUUUAUCGAGCCGGCAUCAUCCCAGUUGUGUACCGAAGGGUUCCAUGUGUGAGGCGAGGCGGUGUGCGGUUCACGAUCAACGGACAUGACUACUUCCAGCUUGUUCUUGUGACCAAUGUCGGAGGUAUUGGUUCGAUCAAGUCAAUGGACGUUAGGGGCGCCAAUUCAUCCGAUUGGAUGCCCAUGGCACGCAACUGGGGUGCAAAUUGGCACUCUCUGGCGUACCUCACUGGUCAGAGCCUCUCAUUCAGAGUGACCAACAAUAAUGGCCAAACACUUGCAUUCAAAAAAUUGGUGCCACCCAGCUGGAAGUUCGGCCAAACAUUUUCUAGCAAUGUGCAGUUCAAGUGA